UAGUGCAUAAGGAGGAAGGGGGGAGGGAGAGAGAGAGAGAGAGAGAGAGAGAGAGAGAGAAAACAGGCCUCCACCCCAAGUAUCAGUGAAAUGGGAGCAUGAGGGAUAAUGUAGCAAGCCUCGGAAUCAUCUAUGUGUCAGAAGCAAAGGAGCUAUGGAGAAAAGGGCCGAAUGUAAGAUGAGGGGAGGUUAUAUUUGGCCUGUAAAACUCCAUGUCUUCAGAUAAACUGCACAGUGAACAUUAGUUCAAACACACACUCUGUAGUUCAUACUGGAGUCUGCACUUUUGCACCCAGACUGCGCUAGUCUGCGCUAAUCUGCACUGAUCUGUGCUAAUUCAACCUCCAAACCACAUGGAGGCACAGCAAGGUUCUCCAGACAGCAGCAGUGAGGAAUGUACCAUUCUGGAGGCUUUUCCUGGCAAAGGAACAGAUUGCUCUCAACAUAAAGGAAAAGCCCUUGUAUUUUACUGUCUGCUGUGUGAGAGUGCUGUGUGUGAGGAGUGUAUUUUCGGGGAACAUGCCGACCACCCGACAGAUUCACUGGAAAAAAUUGUGGAUCAACAGCAAACAGCUUUACAUGAGAGACUAAACGCAGCUCAGAACAGACUUCCUCAGAUCAGAGAUGCUGUACAGUUGCUGAAAGAUAUUCUGCAGCAGCUAAGCACUCAGAAGAACUCUAUUGAGGAGGAUAUUCACUCUUCCUUUAGCGAGCUGCACAAGACCUUGGAUACACGUAAGAGUGUCCUUCUCAUGGAGUUAGAGGUCACCUAUGGAUUAAAGCAGAAGGUACUACAGAAACAGUUAGAGACACUGCUUAGAGAGGAGGCUGACAUCUGCAGUAACUGUAGUCAGACAGGAGAGGCAUUGGAUGGAGCAAGUGAGGCUGUUGUUCUGCAGACUCAUAAAGACUUUGGAGAGCGACUGAGUGAGCUGGCCAGUCAGGGCCUUCCUCUCCAGCCUGAGGAGAAUGAUCAGCUGGAGCUCAUAAUGGAAGUAGAAGGACUUCGCAAGUCCAUACACAACCUGGGUGCCAUUAUUACCACCAAUGCAGUGGCCAGUCAGACUGAGGCUUCAGGAGAUGGCCUUGAGCAAUGCAUUGUAGGUCAGCCAACCUCCGUCAUCAUAACAACCAGAGACAAGUCAGGGGGCCUGUGUAAGUCGGGCAAUGCUGUCAUCUCAGGAGAAGUCUUCACACCAGAUGGCAGUGUCAUGGAUGGAGAGAUUUUGGACCAUAAGAAUGGCAUGUAUGAGUUCCUGUACACGUUGCACAAGGAGGGGGACUUCAGUCUGGCAUUGAGACUCUAUGAUCAGCACAUCAAGGGAAGCCCCUUCCGUCUGAAGGUCACUAUUUCUCCAGACGAUUCUCCAACCACCACGUCUGGGGCCAACGCUGCUUCCACGGGCUCCAGUGAUGGUGGUGCAAGGAGACGGAGUGCCAAGUCCCCUGGUAGCAGGAGUCGACAGAAAGGGGUGCGGAGAGGUGGGAGCUUGUUCAGCACACCCAAGAAGAAAGUAAAUCCCAUUGAAGAUGAUCUUAUUUUUAGAAUCGGAACAAAAGGAAGAAAUAAAGGUGAAUUCACCAAUCUACAGGGUGUAGCUACCACAUCAGGGAGUAUCCUGAUUGCAGACAGUAAUAAUCAGUGUGUGCAGAUCUUCUCCAAUGAGGGCGAGUUUCAGAGCAGGUUUGGAAUUCGUGGGCGAUCGCCAGGGCAGCUGCAGAGGCCCACUGGUGUCGCUGUUCAUCCAAAUGGUGACAUCAUCAUCGCUGACUAUGAUAACAAGUGGGUCAGCAUCUUCUCCAGUGAUGGCAAAUACAAAGCUAAGCUGGGUUCUGGUAGGCUGAUGGGUCCUAAGGGUGUCUCUGUGGAUCAGAAUGGUCACGUUAUCGUGGUGGACAACAAGGCCUGCAUGGUGUUCAUCUUCCAGCCCAGUGGGAAACUUGUAACCAAGUUUGGCAGCAGAGGAAAUGGUGACAAACAGUUUGCAGGACCCCAUUUUGCUGCAGUCAACAAUAAUAAUGAAAUAAUUGUCACUGACUUUCACAAUCAUUCAGUCAAGGUGUUCAGUGCUGAAGGUGAGUUCCUGCUCAAAUUCGGUUCAAACGGUGAAGGAAAUGGGCAGUUCAACGCUCCCACUGGUGUCGCAGUGGACAUUAACGGGAACAUCAUCGUAGCUGACUGGGGGAACAGUCGCAUACAGGUGUUUGACGGAAGUGGUUCUUUUCUGUCCUACAUCAACACAGCGGCAGAUCCUCUCUAUGGGCCGCAGGGUCUCGCCCUGACCUCUGAUGGCCACGUUGUCGUGGCUGACUCCGGAAAUCACUGUUUUAAGGUGUACCGUUACCUUCAGUGAUUCAGUGCUUCAUAGAUCUGUAUCUCCUUCUUGCACUUCUGCUGCAGAUCCAUCACGCUAACUCUCCUGUGAUAACUGCCUCCUUCCUGCAGGAACAGAUCCAUGUGACCUGAAUGUUUUGUAUAAUUAUGGUCAGUGAAAUCAGAUGGAUAUUUGGGAGGUUUGUAAAGUUAAAGUGUGGUCACAUUUAGCUUCUGUUCCGUUCACACAGAAUCGAUUCACGGUGUAUCGUCUGCGUAUUGCUUAAUUUCUCAAACUGAACAAAAGUUUAGCUUUAGGUGAACUAGAGUCAAACCUCUCGGCAACUUUCUACACGUUGCUGCAAAGAUACAGAUUAAAAUUUAAAGAAAUACUUUAUUUCAUUCACUUAAUGAUUAUUCUAAAACAUCAUCAUAUUCAUCAUCUACUUUACUGUAAAUUAUUUCAUCUUUUCUGGGAUCGAUAUUCUUUCGUUUACACGUCUGGAUUCAGCUACCACGUGCCUCAUUACUGAGGAGUAACAGACGAGCGCUAACCCACAGAAGUGUACUGCAGAGCUGCAGACAUUUAAAUGGCAGAAGGUUUAAUGUGACCACACCGUUAUUUAGAAGCUUCUCAAGCUGCGUCGUGGGAGAGUUUUUGAGAUGGCACGAGCAUGUCUGUAAUCGAAGUCCAUUUGCUCGAUCUUUACUCCGAGUUCUGCUCCAUGCAUGUGAGCAACAUCACAGAACUUCAGUAAUGUUCUCCAUCACUGUUCCGUCUGACUGAACUUAAUCACACUAUAUAAAGUUUAGCUGUAAACAAACUUCACCUGUUUAAUUCAAGCUGCACGUUAAAGCCUUUUCCUGAUGCACUUAGUAAAUAAAACCUAAACUAAUAGAGGAAACAGUGAUCGUGUAACAGUACAUGGACUUCAGCUCCAAGAGUCCAGCUGAUCCACAUCAUCUCUCCUCUCACCUUCGUCAGGACUUCACUAGCAGAUACCAGGCCUCUAUUUUUAUUUUCAAAUAUUUAAAAGGGAAAAAAACUCUAUAUUUAUGUAUUUAUCUUAACUAAUGUUUCAGAGAAAAGUGGUGAGUUUUUCUAGUUUGUUGCAGAUUGAGUUUCCUCCUGUAGGUUUUUCUCCAUCUGUGAUACACUACAUCUAUAUCUACAGCUCCAUAUGACAUCAUUUCCUACGUGAUGUUUUAACUCAAUAAUACAACAGACUACUGAAUUCACUCAGAAUACAUUUCUAUAGUAAAUCGUCACUUUAACACAAACCGUGUUUCUCAUUUCUGCUUUCAGGUGAAAAUCCUGCCUUUGUUUUAGUUCCAGUUGUUUGAAUGUUUGCUGUUGUACAGUUUCAUUUGUACUGAUGACAAAAAAUCAAUCUAGGAAUGUUAUUUAAUUGAUUAUUUAAAAUUCCACUUGAAUGUUUGUGUUCUGUAUUUAAAAUAAAAAAAGCUUUAACAUUAUUUUUACCAGAAAUGUAAUUAAU